CGGCAGCGCCAAUGGGCGCCGUCCCCGGCCGGGGGUGGGCGCGGCCGGCUGGAGAGGGAGCUGGAAGGGCGGAAGCCUGGGGCGCGCUGUCAGGGCCUUGUGCCGCGGCCGGAGCUGCGUGUGGGGCCAUGUCUGUCGGCAGGAGGCAAGUGUUCAUAGGGAAAGUACUGAAGAGGCUCUUCGCUGCUACUCCCUCCACUUCUCAUGUGCCUGCUCCAAGUGGAGAAGAGAUGGUACUAAAAAAUCCCACAUCAAAACCACAGCAGAAGGAUUCUGAGAAUACUCAGGCUUCAUCAAACUGUGCCAGUUCGGCAGGUGGAGAAAAUGAAAUCCUUCUUCCAAGGUUAUACACAGUAAGUCUCCCUCCGGAUAGCUACGUCCCAGGUAAUCCAAGAACAGAUAGUCCCACAAAUGCUGAACACUCAGAGAGUAGUGGUGAUGCAGCAGUGGAGGAUUCUUGCGGACAACCCAAGAGAAAGCGCAUUCGAAGGACGAAACGAAAGAACAGUGUUGGAAAUCCUGAUAAUUUACAUGGAGAACAAACAGAAUCUGGGAAGCAUGAGACUCUGUUUCAAGAUAAUUUACAGCUGCAGCAGACAGAUGGCAGAAAAAUAAGCAAAAACAAAAAGAGGAAAAUGAAAAAGAAACGACAAAAAGAAAAGAUGAGAGCAGCUGGCUUGCUAACAAAAACCACUGGUGUGGAUUUUACGUAUCAGCCUGAGAAGGACAACAGUGAAGGAGCAGACUUUAAAGACAUAUAUGAAAAAGCAGAUGGCAUUCUGGACUUCUUGCAGGCAACACAAGAAAUCUAUUUUGCUGACACUAAAUCAAAAUGCACGGAUUCAGCUAUGAGUUCAGCAACUGUCCAAGAGAUUUUACAACAUCUUGAAUCUCACAGCAUGGCUUCCUCAGAUGUGACACUUCUACAUCAGAUGAAAUCCCUUGUACUUUUGCAGGAUAUUGAGAGAUUGAAGGGCAUUUUGGAACAAUUCCAAGAACAUUCCAUGAUGCUGCCAGAUCAUGCCAAGAUAAUCUCUUCUCUAUUCCACUACUGGAUUACAGAUAUCCUUCCUGGGAAGAACAGGAAAUAAAGCAUGUGUGUGUGUCCAUCUGUGCAGAGUUAAAAUUUAAUAUACCAACUGUAAACUGAAUAGCGAAUGUUCAGAAAUAGCAGCGUACAUGCUGUAUAUUCAGCAAGGAUCCCAUCUUAUUCAGUGCACAGGAUGGACCACUCUGUGGAUCGAUCAAUGUGGUUUUGCAGAAGUGGGAAGGUGUGCAGUGAAGGAAGCAGGGUAUUGUUGGAAGAGAAAGGAUUGUCUCCUGGUUAAGGCAGCUGAAUGCUGCCCUGAAGAUCUGAAUUUUAUGACUGCCUCUGCCACAGAGUUCUUAUGCUAGGCAAGUCGCUUAAAUCAAACUUUUCACAGGUGGUCACUAAUUUUGUUCUUCAUUUUCUGUUUACCUGACUUGAGAGGCUGGGGUCUGUUUUGCAGAAAUGUUGAGCACUCACAGCUGCAAACAUCUGCAAAGCCACUUCAUUGUCCUCCUUCAAAUCCUUCAAUAAAAUUCUUCUUUCCUGUGAGGCCUACAAACUUGACAGUUUAUUAUGCUGACCAAAAUGAUCUCAUAGUUUCCUUGUACUCCCCUGUUGGUCUGUCUGCUCCAUUGAUUGACUCUUGUCGUAUACUGACAUUGUAAGCUCUUUUGGGCAGGGCCGUUCUUUUCUCUGUUUGCACAGUACCUAGCACAGUGGAGUACAGGUCCAUGACUGGAACUCCUAAGCUCUACUGCAAUACAUAUAAUGAUGGUGAUAAGUGAAGUCAGUGGGAGCUAUGCUUUGAAUAUAUAAAGUGCUAUACAAUGCUAAACUCCUUGAAAAGUCAAGCACUGGGUAUCUCAGAUUGGGAACACAAAAUCAGUUGACACUUCUGACCUUGAUUUCCUGUGCCUCCGUUCCCCACGCCUUCACAUCACAAGGGUGUUGCGAACAUUUGUGAAUGUUUGUGAAGUAGUUGGAUGCUAUAGUGAGGAACACCGUAGAAAAGCCCAUGAGGAAAUUAAUAAUUUAUUUUUUCUGAGCAAGGUUUGAAUAGUGCGCAGAAAAUAAGGCAUUGCACCGCACAGUGAAAAACUAGGAGAAAACAAAAUAUUGAAUAGCUGCUUAUUAAGUGAGCACUGUCCAUCCUGUGCACUGAAUGAGGCAGGAAUCCUAAGCACAGCAUACUUGUGUUCAUGGAAUUAAAAACUAUAUAAUAAAGAACGUGCACAAAGGGUCCAAAUUAAGGUUGCAUGAGCCAGCAGCUUUAAUUUGGCUGCUUGCACUUUGGCAGCACACAGGAAAGGAGAAUUAGUCAGUGCUGCUGGCAGCACACCUCAGGCAUGUUGGGACUGGAUGGGAUGUGGUCCAUGGUUCCUAUCCAUUUACUAACAUGCUGUUGCUGGUAAAAUGGGCCCGUUACAGUGUAAGAGGAUGGAGAGCACUGAGUGAUUGGAAGAGAGUGAGAUGUAUAAUAGAAAUAGUUUCAUAUCCAUUCCUCCCAGCUCUGGGACCUAUUUUAUAGAAUUGUUCCAGAUGGAAGAACAUUGUAUUAAUAAUGGUAGAACAUUGAUCAAUGUAUUUGAUCUUCCACAAACAUCUUCUCUAUACUGUAAUAUUAGUUCAUUUUUAAUUAAUCAACAUUUAGGUGGAUUAGACAGUUUUGUCCUCUAUGCAGUUAGGAUUGGAAUGGAAAAGGUGCUGUCCAAGUAGGAAAUGACCGCAACGAGCCAAUAGUGAAAGGCUGUGUUGAGUAUGAUAGAAUUCUACAGUUGGAAACUCUAAACCAUGUCUUGUAAUAAUAUUUCCGUUUUAAUACUUGGUCUGUUCCCUCACCAUAAAAAGGAUUUGAUCAUGUGCAGUAUUCAUUUAAAACAGCGCAGCUCAAUUUUAAGUUGCUGCAUACUUAAAGGGGCCAGACUCUGAUACCCUCACUCACAAGGAAGAACAUUUUACUCCAUGUGUAAUCUCAAUGACUUCUGUGGGACUAGUCGCAGAGUAAAUUGCUACUCAGUGUGAACAAGGCUAUUGGAAGUUGGACCAAUAAAAGAUAUUACCUCA